AAUGAAAACAUUGGUGUUCAUCAUUUGUGGUACUUAGAAUUUGUAUUUGAUUUGGUUUAGUUGUUUAUACAUUUGCAUCACAUGCUUACUUGUAUCCAUUUAAUGAAAACAAAGCAUAAGAUCUAGAAGGGCUUAAUUAGAAGUAAAUUGCACAAUUGAUCAAAUAUAAUAUUGGGCUAGUUGAACAUGUUUCACAAGAUUAAUAAAAAGCAUAUGAAUAAUUGAUAAUGUAUAAAAUAAGAUUUUAUGUUAUAGAUCCUUUGGUAAGGGUAAUGUUUUGACUCCUACAGAAAUGAAUUAUUUGAUUCUCAUAGAGAGUGAUAAAUUGUAUUAAGGACAAGAAUCAAACCAAUAAAGAAUUACUGAAGGAUAUGCUUAAAGUUUCAAAGUAUUAGAGAGAGAAUAAAAAUCCAUAAUGGAAACUUUAUUUGGAUAAUAAGGUAUUUUGUAAUAUAUUAAUACAAUAGCUGAUACAUUAAUAUCAAAAGCUAAUAAAUUAUUUAAUAAUAAUAAUUUAGGUUUCAAAAUAUAUCAAAAUGAAGAUGAUUUAGAUAUCAAUUAUUUAUAAUGGACAGUAACACUUUAUCUAGGCAAAAAUGUAUAUUAUAGUAUAAUUAUAGAAUGAAGUUUAUUUAUAUGAACCAAAAAAAGAUAAAUCUUAUAAGGUUGAUUAAUCAUUAGAAAAGUGUGUUGAUAACUUCUUUGGAACAACAUUUGAUUAUGCUCCAAAAGACAAUAAGAUCUAUAAAUACAAUACAAAUGAAAUGUUAGAUAUAACAUAGGAUAAUUAAGAUCAAGUUAUAGGAUUUUUAAAAGAUAUUUGUGCUAUGAACAAACUUGCAAUCAACUUUAAGAAGAGUAUAAUAUAUAUAUAUUAUUAAAUCUUAGACAAUUCACCUAAUAUGUUAUCAAUCAUUAAUAAAUCUAUUGCUAAAUUAGAGAAGAUUCUAAAUGAAUAAGAAAUUGAUUUGGUCUAUGAUAUGAUGAGAAUUGCUCAUAAAAAAGUAAUAAAGAAGAGUUAUCAUAAUUUAGCUCUCCAAAAAUUUUAGAAAUACUUUUGAAAGUGAAGAUUUAUUCGGUUUGAUAUUAAUUGAAGAAGAGAAAAAUCCAUUAAUAACUACAACCAAAGAAUCUGCUAAAGUUUAAAGAAUACUGAUGGAAACAAGAACAAGAAUGCUUAAUUAAGUCACUGUAAUUUAAGUAUAUAAUUAUUCUCUAGCAAACUAAUUCUUCAACCUACGUAAUGAAUGCAACAACUUAUUAAAUUUAUGUAUGGUUUGGAGUCUUCUUUGUAAUUGUCUUAAUUGGUAUUAUUUAUUCUAUGGUAACAAUGGAAAUUCAAAAGGAUACAUUAUUAUAUGCUAAAUUCUUAACAACAGAUCAAAGAAAUUGA